CCUUUUCUUCUGCACUGAAACUGCACUAGGUUGCGCUUAUACGCGCGGAAUCGAUUGAACAGACGAGGUUAGGAUGCGUGCAACCUCGCUCGUGCGGAGAAGAACAAUAACGGAUCAUUGAAUCAAACAAGAUCGUACGAUGCGAUCAUGCAGUUCGUGUCAAACGACUCAACGUUUACCCGAAAAAAUACGAGAAGUAAUGUGUACAAAGCUAUAGAGCUUGUGAAGAAACGCGUCGAAAAGAAGAGGAACAGGAAUGAAAGGGAGGUCGCAAACCGCGCUAAAAUUGCUCAUUACUGCAAGAGCUUUGAGGGUGACAAGAAAAAGACGUUAGUGACAGGAUUCUCGAAGAGCUUAGCGUUGUCAGAGAUGCAAUCGUAUAUCGCUCGCCAGGACUGGAAGCACGCGACGCAUUUAUUUCCCAAACUUCUGGAAUACCCCGUUGAAUUGGAGCCUUUAGUGUGGCGAUAUUUGCUCAUAAUCCUGUUGCACACGAACGACUCGUCGCAUCUCCGUCAAUUUGUCAAGCAAUGCAUCGGUAAUCAAAGCUCGAGCAACAACUUGCUGUUACAAAGGUUGUUGCUAUUGCCUCUCGAGAAUUGAUUACCUUCAAGGUGGUCCAUUAUCACAUCUCGUACCUCACACGCCACGCCACGUGUUAAGUUAAAAUUUGUAUAUUUGUUACGUAUAAAAAACUCUCUUUUGUACAAUGGUUAUAUCUGAUUUAUAUUACAUUGCUCCUAUUGUGUGUGAACUUUCGGUCUUUUUUUUUUUUUUUUUUUAAUGUUUUUUAAUUUUUAUUUAUGUUUGACGUAACACGCACGCUUACCGAGUGAAAAACUAUUCCUGAACUUGUUCCAAUUGAAGAGGUUUCAAUAUGUGAGUGUGACUUAUUUUCAUAUGAUACAUUUUUUGUUUAUGUUUUAUUUGUGUAACUUAUCAGUAGGAGAUAUUGUGAUUUCGCUAUGAAAAAGGCCUGUGAUACCAAUUACAAUUACAAUAAUUAUUAAUAUACAUAUACUAUUUACAAACAUCUUUUUUUUUUUUUUUUGUUUUUUGAUUAUUUGAUUGAACUGUUGAUAAAUCAGUUUCCGUUAACCAUUUUUAACACACUAAUAACAGCGAUCUUUCGGCUCUGAUCGGGCCUAAUUCUCAACUUUCAAACUAGUUUUUUAAAACUGGAUUUAAGCUAGUUUAAAAAUUUCAAUUUUUUUAAUAAAACAAAAUCUCGAUGUCUUAAACUUCCAAGGAAGCCGUUGCGAAUAAAUUUAGUACAAAAAAAAAAAAGGAAAAAAAAAAGAAAAAACAGAUAAAUUACUACUGAUGAGAAAGAUCAAGAUUAAUCGUGCGGAAAUCGGCUGGGAGAAUCUUUGAAAACUCUCUUUUCAAGAAUACAGCAUUGUCUCAACAACAUAAAAAUGUUGUUUCUGGGUUUUCAUUAUGAAUCGGGCGCAACGGUUAUUAUGUACAUGUGGCAUAUGUUCACUCAAAUCUCGACGGUUUAAAGUAACAUUAAACUUAAUCAGUGAUUAAUAAUUAAGGAAGUCUCCUUGUCGUCAUUCGCGUUAAAAAAAAAAAAAAGAAAAUAAAAACAAUAAUUCCUACAUUAUCUAAUUCGAUAAAUGAUCAUCUACAACCGGGUGU